GCGCUGCGACCGGAGUUUUCUCGCGUCCACUCUGCUUCCGGGUGAAAGGUCGGAGUUGUUGCUGCCGGAGGGGAGUGAGUUGUGGCCUAAAGUCGGGAAGUGUGGCGCGGAGGAAGAGCCGCCAUGGCCUCCCUCGAGCGGUGGGUGAGCGACCAGCUGCACCAGCUGCUGGGCCUGAGCGACAAGUACGUGGCCCAGUUUCUCAUCGGGACAGCCCGGCGCAGCGGAGACCCCCACGACUUCGUCCGGCGGCUGGAGAGCACCGGCACCAUCGACAUCACCCCCAGCGUGCGCCUCUUUGCCGGCGAGCUGUGGGCCAAGAUCCCCAAGAAGGUGCCAGAGGAGAAGGCGUCGCGGGCGGUGGAGCGUGAGGCCCGGGCCCUGCAGCAGAAGAACCGGACCUACCAGCUGCUGGAGGAGAGCGAGGAGAGUGAGCCCGAGGGGCAGUCGGGACGCAACCGUUCCAAGGGCAAGGCCAAGCGGCCCCAUCUCCGCCGGAAGAGGGCCGAGUCGUCAGGCAGCGAGGCUGAAGAGAGCACGAAGAAGUCGCCGUCCCCUCGCAAGCAGUCAGCGUCCGAGGAGGAGGAAUGGGAGAAGGAAGAGAAGGACCGGCUGAAAGAUCUGGAGGAGCGGGACGCCUUCGCCGAGCGGAUCAAAAAGCGGGACAAGGACAGGACCCGCCUCGUCGUGGAGCGCUCCGAUAAAAAGGCUUAUGAAGAGGCACAGAAACGCCUGAAGAUGACUGAAGAGGAUCAGAAGGCCCUGGUCCCGGAGCUCCGCAAGAGGUCGCGGUGGGAGUACCUGGGUAAGCGAGAGCAGGAGAAGCUGGAGGACCUGGAGGCAGAGAUCCAGGACGACGAGUACUUGUUCUCGCCCAGCAUCCUCACCGAGCGGGAGAAGCAGCAGCUGGAGUACAAGAAGAAAGUUCGGGACCUGGCCCGGGAGUACAAGGCAGCCGGCGAGCAGGAGAAACAGGAGAAAAGCAACCGCUAUUACAUGCCCGAGGAGUCCCGCAACAAGAAAGUGCCCGAUCGCUACGAGGAGCCCGAGGGGGAUGGGAAGCACGCCCCCCGGGACGAGCAGAAGCGGUGGGAGGAGGCGCACAUGGACGCCGCCCUGCUGAAGUUCGGCGCCAAGGAUGCCCGCGAGCGGAACAAGCAGAAGGAGUACGAGUUCGUGAUGGAGGAGGACGAGAUGAUCGAAUUUGUCAGCUCUAUGCCCAUGCAGGGCACAGUCUCCAAGGACGAGGCAAAUGAGAUGUCGGAGGCACAGAGGCAAAAGGCUUCGCUGCAGGAGGUGAGGAGGAGCCUGCCAGUCUUCCCCUACCGAGAGGACCUGCUGGCAGCUGUGGCUGAGCACCAGGUCCUCAUCAUCGAAGGGGAGACGGGCUCUGGCAAGACGACCCAGAUCCCUCAGUACCUGUACGAGGAGGGCUACACGUCCGGCGGGAAGAAGAUCGGCUGCACCCAGCCCCGGCGCGUGGCAGCCAUGAGCGUCGCUGCCAGGGUAGCGCACGAAAUCGGGGCCAAGCUGGGGAACGAGGUGGGAUACAGCAUCCGCUUUGAGGACUGCACGUCGGAGCGCACGGUGCUGAAGUACAUGACUGACGGGAUGUUGCUGCGGGAAUUCCUGACAGAGCCGGACCUGGCAGGGUACAGUGUGGUGAUCAUCGACGAAGCCCACGAGCGCACGCUCCACACCGACAUCCUCUUUGGCCUCAUCAAGGACAUCGCCCGCUUCCGCCAGGACCUCAAAGUGUUGAUCGCCAGCGCCACGCUCGACACCGAGAAGUUCUCCACCUUCUUCGACGACGCCCCCAUCUUCCGGAUCCCCGGGCGCCGGUUCCCCGUCGACAUUUACUACACCAAGGCCCCAGAAGCGGACUACCUUGAAGCCUGUGUGGUUUCCGUCCUCCAGAUCCACGUCACCCAGCCUCCAGGAGACAUCCUGGUGUUCCUCACCGGGCAGGAGGAGAUCGAGACCACGUGCGAGAUGCUGCAGGAACGCUGCCGCCGGCUGGGCUCCAAGAUCGCCGAGCUGCUGGUGCUGCCCAUUUACGCCAACCUGCCCUCCGACCUUCAGGCAAAGAUCUUCGAGCCCACCCCACCCGGUGCCAGGAAGGUCGUCGUGGCCACCAAUAUCGCGGAGACCUCCCUGACGAUUGACGGGAUCAUCUACGUGAUAGACCCCGGCUUCUGCAAGCAGAAGAGCUACAAUGCCAGGACGGGGAUGGAGUCCCUGAUCGUCACUCCCUGCUCCAGAGCUUCAGCCAAUCAGAGGGCAGGCAGGGCGGGACGCGUGGCAGCCGGCAAGUGCUUCCGACUGUACACGGCCUGGGCCUUCAAGCACGAGAUGGAGGAGACGUCUGUCCCGGAGAUACAGCGGACGAACCUGGGCAACGUGGUGCUGCUGCUGAAGAGUCUGGGAAUCAACGACCUGAUCCACUUUGAUUUCAUGGACCCACCCCCUCACGAGACGCUGGUGCUCGCCCUGGAGCAGCUCUACGCCCUGGGAGCGCUCAAUCACCUCGGAGAGCUCACCAAGCUGGGCCGGCGGAUGGCGGAACUCCCAGUGGACCCCAUGCUAUCUAAGAUGAUCUUGGCUUCAGAGAAGUAUCAGUGCUCAGAGGAAAUCCUGACCAUUGCGGCUAUGCUGUCCGUCAACAAUGCCAUCUUCUACCGACCCAAGGACAAGGUGGUGCACGCGGACAAUGCCCGCAUGAACUUCUUUCAGCCGGGAGGUGACCACCUGGUACUGCUGAACGUGUACACCCAGUGGGUAGAGAGUGGAUAUUCCACCCAGUGGUGCUAUGAGAACUUCAUCCAGUUCCGCUCCAUGCGCCGAGCUCGCGAUGUCCGGGAACAGCUGGAGGGGCUGAUGGAGAGGAUCGAGGUGGAGCUCAAGUCUUCAGCUGGUGACAAGAUCCUGAUCCGGAAGGCGAUCACUGCUGGCUUCUUCUACCACACGGCCCGGCUGACUCGCUCUGGCUACAAGACGGUGAAGCACCAGCAGUCGGUGUACGUCCACCCCAACAGCAGCCUGUUCGAGGAGCAGCCCCGUUGGCUCAUCUACCACGAGCUGGUCUUCACCACCAAGGAGUUCAUGAGACAGGUGAUGGAGAUCGACAGCAGCUGGCUGCUGGAGGUCGCCCCGCACUACUACAAAACAAAGGAACUGCAGGACGCCGCCAGCAAGAAGAUGCCCAAGAAAGCGGGCAAGGCGCGAGAGGAGCUGGGCUGAGGGAGACGGGAGUCGUCUGGAGUCAAACCCGUCACAGGAGGAAAGGGACAGGAGGUGGGGGGCCAGGUUUGUCUCACACCUCCCACCUGGAGGGCUGGUCCCUGAGCUGCUGUCUUCAUUUUCACCGUACGCCAUGCACAGUUUGUAGAGGGAAGCCCUGGUCCCUGUUUGACAACUCUGGUCAGUCAAACCCCUCCCCAGAGGGGUUACAACCCUCUGGCCCCCACUACACCUGUCAGAAGGGGCUGUAAUGGUCAGGAUACCAGUUGCUGUUCUGUCUUGGGGGAUUGUCAGCGAGGAUGGGGACAAUACCAGAUCACGCUGGCUGCACAAAUCAGUCUCAGUGGCCGACACUGACCGCUCUCGCAUCCGAUCUGACACUUCGCUCCAGCCUGCGUAACCUGCCAACCUCAGUGGUUUGAAAUAAAGUUUUUAUUUUUGA